AUGUCCAUUUAUCCCUUCCUCAACCAGCCUGGAACGGUACUCUACCUCGACAGUGUCGGUGACCUUCAGCGAGGCCACUUCGAGGUCGGCAAUACUGUCGCCGACGUACUCAUCCAAGACGGCGAUUUUCGCAUUGUGCCGGCCCUCAUUACCGCCGACGGCAUACAUAUCACGGGGCCAGGGCGUUCUUGGCUUGACGUUCGUCGGGAGCGUACUCGGCAUCUCAAUCUCAUCCCCCGUUCCCGUGCCCCGUUUACCGAGCGUACUCGGCCUCUCCACGAUUCGGUGCCCUCACACAGCCCAGCGGCGAUUGCGGUGCGGCGGGAUGGUAUUGACGAGCACCAGGAGAACCGGGCCCCGUCCGAAGCUCAGAUUGAGCUCCGCAGGAUCGAGCAGCUCUCGGAACGCGAGCGCGCGUGGCUCGCUUCUGUCACUAUGGAUGAGGAUAACGAGGCCAUGAAGAAGACUGCAGGGGGGCUGCGAGGCGUCCUGAAUAUCAGCGCGACAGACUUCAAGACGGACUUCAAGGUUGAGAUAAUCGCCGACCGGGGCCCGGAGGUCAGCGAUGACGAGCUCGGGAACAUGCUGGCGAACAUGUCUUUAUACGCCGGUGGCGUGCAGCUGCCGGACGGGACGUCAGAGGCCGACUAG